UACAGAUGUCUCUGUAGACUACGGCCAUAGUCAAAGUUAGGUUAGAUACACAGUUUCCGAUAACUAGAGAUAGUCGCUAUGUUACCAAAAGUUUGAAAGAUGCUAGCUAAAUCUAUCAGACUUUAUUCUGACACGUAGGUUAUUGUACAUGUGAGCAGCUGACGAUGGUAUCGGACAGUGACAACUUCAUCAGUUCCAACAACCGCGUCUCUGACUGUGUGUGUCUGAGACUACAGCAGGUGCCUCUUGUGACGUCAUGUGUACACUCAUUGCGUUAGUUGCCGACGGUGAUUGAAUCAGUAAUGUGAAGUAAAUUUCGUGUGUUUGUAAUUUUAUUUUACUUUAAAUACAAGAUAGUGAGAAUGCGCUUUUCGUACUGUGUGUUUGUGAAGUGAAGCUUAAAUGUUAUCGAAAUGUCAAGGAGUUCCAAGACACAACAUAAAGUUGACAGCGGUACUGUCGAGGUGAAAAGUAAGUUUGAUGCUGAGUUCCGCCGUUUCUCAGUUAACCGGGAUGAGAUGCGUCGGUAUGACGACUUUCGGCAGCUAGUGGAACGACUACAUCAUUUGUCAGACGUCCCAUUUCUGCUUUCAUACACUGAUCCACGUGAUGGAGACCUACUUCCCAUCAACAAUGAUGAUAAUCUGGGACGUGCUUUACUGAAUGCACGGCCUCUUCUGCGGCUAAUAGUGCAACGAAAAGGAGAAAGUCUGGAAGAAUUAAAUGGUUAUGGGACAUACAAACCAAGAAACCUGAUUUCCACCAUUCUUGGUACUCCCAGCAAACCCAAGACUCAUCUUGCCAUCUCUAAUCCACAUGAUUUCAGGCAGGUGUCUGCAAUCAUUGAUGUGGAUGUAGUCCCAGCAACAUAUCGCAGAGUCCGGCUGCUGAAGCAUGGCUCUGAUAAGCCACUUGGUUUUUACAUUCGUGACGGCACAUCUGUGCGAGUAACUCCCCAAGGGCUUGAGAAAGUACCUGGAAUAUUCAUUUCACGCCUUGUACCAGGUGGCCUUGCUGAGAGUACAGGACUUCUUGCUGUCAAUGAUGAGGUGCUUGAGGUCAAUGGUAUUGAAGUCAAUGGGAAGACUUUAGACCAGGUCACAGAUAUGAUGGUAGCGAACAGCUCAAAUCUGAUAAUCACAGUAAAACCUGCAAAUCAGCGUACAGUGGCAGCUCCUCGGCGUGGUUCUUUUUCGAGAAAUUCUCAGUUAUCAUCAGGCAGCCAACAGUCAACAGCUACAACUGGGUCAGAUGAUGAUCGAUAUGACCAGGAUGAGAUUGUGGAUAUGACGGGUGGCAUGUCACUAGAAGGCGAUGAUAUAGAUGGAACCCAUCACCAAACACAUUCUCAGGGAUUACGUCCAGAUGAUGGUGUUCUUCACCUUUGACUUUCUGCCUGUAAGGUGAUUGCCAGAAAGGUGACUGCAGGUGACUGACUGCUUCUGAUGGCUGUGCAAUGUAUAAGUGCUCGAUGUGAAUUGAAAUGAACAUGUCACCAGCCUUUACAAGCAUACCAGAAACAAGGUUUGCUCUCAGCGUGUACAUAGCUGACCCACAGCCAAAUAUGGCUUUGGGCACAACUUUUUUACUGCUGUCCUUUAUUUAUCGCCUUGCAUUCCGUUUUAUCUAGUAUUUUUAGAUAUCUAUUGCGUAUUUUAUUUUUGUGUAUCUUAUUAAGUAAAACAAAAGUAAGUACUCAUGAUGGUUAUGUACAUGACUGGCAGUCACUAUCAAAUAUCCUGCAGGUAUUGUUUCUAAAUACUUCAUUUGUGUCCUGUUCCCUUCUGUGAAGUUGGAACAUCUCAGCAACAAUAACACCACCACAACACUCAGCAUCUUCCUGGUUGUCGUUAAGCUAGCGAUUUUUUUCUUUUUUUAAAAUCUCUGACCUUCAUCAUACCUAGGAAGAUAUAAAUGGUUCAUAAAAUAUUUCUUUGGCAAUUUCCUGUUGCUUAAGAAAGAAACAUAAGAAGUUUGAAAUAUUGCUGGCAGCCUCUGAUUGAUUGAUUAGGGCAAAUGAGAGACAUGGAUUCAUUUUUGAUGCUGGCAUUUCUAAUUCCAUAAUUGCUGAGAUUAUCUGACAUAAUAGUCUUUUUGAAAAGGUAUUUAGUGUCAAUAUUAUCCUUCCAGGCACCUGACUGGUGUGUCUAUUGAAUAAUUCCAUCCUAUGAAAUUAAAAUAGAUUUUAUAAAAAGACUUUUAAUGAACUUGUGUGUGUAAGAUGUUAUUUUCUCAUAGAAGAUCAUUUACUUGUUAAAAAAUGAAACAUUUCUAAAGUAUAUCUAUAAUAUUUUUGUAUGUAGUAGUCUAUUGCAAGCAGUAUGUUAAUAUUUCAGAGUAUUAUUGUUGCAAUAUGUAGUGUCUUUAAAUAUGAUAAAUUUAAACAGAUGAUGUUAUUUAUGAACUUAACAGUUCACUCAUUGUAAGUACAGCAGUUUGUUUCAGUGUGUGUGCAUUAAUUGUUGAGUUCUUGUGCAAAGUUCAGUAAGAACUGUUAUUUUUUAAUCUAAAGAGGUUUUAUUCUAACCAAAUUACUGAAAUAUACAAAUAUAGAGGUUAAUAUUGGCUUUAGAAUGUAAUGUUAUCAAAACCACUUCAUCAUAAGCAAACAGUUAGUAUUAUUUGCUACAAUGAUAUAAAUUAUUAAACUGGCAAAGCGAAUCUGAACUAACCAUUAAGAAAUUUGUUGUUCUUGUACUUGCAAAUUGAAUCACAAGUUAAUACAUCAACCCACUGCGGGUUACUGCCUUACUAGAGGCCUACAGUGCAAAAUGCACACUGACUGAUCUGUAUCCAUCCAGAAUUACCAAUAGUCAUCCGUCCCAUCGAUUUUAAAUAGUGUAUGUACUACAUGCAGACUUAAAGGUGGCACUACUUAUAUUUGGCUUUACUGUACUAUCAUCAUGAAAUAUUCUGAUGCUUUAGAUAAAUGUGUAUUGUGUGAUAAUAGUGAAUAUACAUCUGAACAACUGCUGUUCCCUAAGCUCAAACAACAAUGGAACUCUAGUGUGCAUUUAAAGAUUAAAUUUACUGGAACAAUACAGAAUAAAUGGAAAAGCAAAUGCUGUGUAGUAAGUUUCCCUGCCUUUCUUCUUUGUUGUGAAACACUGUACCUUUGAAAUAAGCCUGGAGGAUGCUGCGGCAGAAUUUUUAGAAGUGUGAUGUUGUCUUCCUCAAUUCUGAUUGUUUGUACAGACAUUUUGAUCUUUCCUUUUACAUGGUGUUUUUACAUCACAUCUAGUCCUGCUAGGAGCUGCAAUACUGUAUGUUCCAUCAGUCUUAAAGAAACUGCCUCAUCUGUAAUGUGAGUUGAUGUAGUUUUGGAGGUACUUGACACUGUUCUGUGGUUGUAUUUGGCUGCACAUAUAAGGUUCACUAAGGGCACGAAGAUUGUACAUGUGCCAUUCCAAUGUUAUCCCUGGUAAGUCACACAUUUUCAUUUGUACAACAGCUAAAACAGCAAUGGUUUAUAUCACUGGUUCUUAUAGAUAUUCUGUGUGUUUUUGAAGACAUUAUCACAUCUUGUUUUACAGCAACAAUAUUUACUGUGGUUACAGAAAAUGGCAGGCUUUGCAUCCAUAAUUUCAGAAGAAUUUGUUGCUAUCUCAAAAAUAAUUACAUAAUGUGUUAAGUUAUUAUGUAUACAGAUUCAGGCUUGAAAGAAUUGCAGGUAUUAUCUUUUGUUGUAGGCAUUUUUAUUGCAGUAUUAAGGAAACUAUGAGAGAUGAAAAGCGGCCUGGUGUUUGUCUAACCAUCUGACACUGUGGCAGUUCAAUACAUUUAAUAAUAUUACACAUUUAUAUGAGAAAGGUGCACAUCCAUUACAUAAAACAAAAGCAGGUGGUAGCUUCUCUGUUGUCAGUAAUUGUACUGAAUGUCACUGUUACCCAUUGCCUUAAAUCUUCUAGCAAAAUUUUCUUAAUGUAUCAAUAAACUAUGACGAUCAGUAGAGAAGCUUCAUCUGAAACAUUUGUUUUAUUACUAAUUUGUUUGAAAUAAUCAGUCUCAUCAAACUGUUGUCUCCUAUGAAAGUUAUAGACUAUAUUUAAGUACAGUUACGAUGAACUGAUGCACCAUUCAAAAUAAAUUGGUGGCAGAAUACUGAGUAGCGUUUGUUAGCAUGUCGAAGACCUACUCUGCCAGCUUGCAGAAUGAAAGUGUGACCAGUGUGAUAACAGUGGCUGUUAAUGGAGAAACAUGCAGUUUGGGGAGCUAUUUCUUUCUUUUUAGUGCAGAAAGGAAAAUCCAAACAAAAAAUAAAAGGCGAUUUUUUAGCAUUGUCAAUCUGAAGCACUCCAAAUUUGAUGGUACAAUAAUUCUUACUUAUGUUUGCAUGUGUUGUUCAUUGAAAAUGCUGUCACCUCAGUGAUUCAGCAACAUUUAUCUGAGAGCUUCAGAUUAAUUGUUUGUUUUGCAGAGUUGUUCCUUCACAACAAACAAUACAGAUGUACUUAAGUAUUUUUUAUGACAUUCCAAAAGUAGUCAAUAACUGUGGUGAAUGUAAUGUUUUUAUUAUUUUGGAAUAUAACAUUUAAAAGGCAGCUGGCAUUUGUGUACUGAUGUUCUUGUAUAUGUGUGUGUGCGCGUGUGUGCAUGUGUGUGUAAAGAAGCAACCAACCAACAUUAAAAAGUGUAAAAUUUAUAAGUUCAUCUAUGAACUGUUGAAUGUGUCUAUUUACAAUGUAUAUGCCUUUGCUAUUCCAAAUCAAAAUGAAGAUACAGAAAUGUACAUUUUUACUUGUCAAUAAAAUUUACAUGAAUUUCUGUACUCUA